GAACAAAAGUAUAAACAGAAAUGCAAAGAAUUGAAAAGAAGAAUUUCUGAAAUUGAAGGGAGUAACGAGAUUGCGACUCUUGCGCUUUCAAGGACAAAGGCUUCAAUUCGAAGAUUAAGACUCGAAUAUGUUAUUUUGUUGGAAAGAUUGGAAGAGAGAGCUAUCCUAUUGCCUGGUGGUAUUGGUGGAUUCGAAGAAAUGGCUUCACCACCAACGCCCAGCGUUUUGGAUGAGUCUCUAAAUAGUGUUGGCGGUAAACUUUUGAGGAACGGCUUAGCAAAGAAGGGUAGUAAAAAGAGUAAGCCUGGAACUUCCUCGAAUGCUGAUGCAUCUUCUGUUAAUUCUCGGACCCAGAAAGUACGAGAUCCCGAUUUGCCAAAGAGACCUACUAAUGCAUAUCUAAUAUUUUGCGAUAUGGAGAAAGAACGGAUUAGGCAAGAAAUAGAAGAAAAGAAUCCUGGCAGCACAAUUGACUUGUCCAAAAGUAUGACUGAAGCAUGGAAGAAUCUAGAUGACGAGGAUAGAAAGCCAUAUUACAAAUUGUAUGAAGAUGACAGAAUUAGGUACCAGACGGAAAUGUUAGCCUACAAUAAAAAGAAACAGACAACAGAUAGUGCAGAAGACAAGCGACCAAAUAAAAAACAGAAAGUGGAG